UAUGUUGUUGUUUUUAAGAACAUGAAGAUGGUUCCUGUUCCAGACCAAGCCUUUGGGAACUUCUUUGAGGGAGAUUGCUACAUUGUCCUCUAUGUGAGUAUUGCUACAUUGUCCUCUGUGAGUAUUGCUACAUUGUCCUCUAGGCGAGUAUUGCUACAUUGGCCUCUGUGAGUAUUGCUACAUUGUCCUCUAGGUGAGUAUUGCUACAUUGUCCUCUAUGUGAGUAUUGCUAAAUUGUCCUCUGUGAGUAUUGCUACAUUGUCCUCUGUGAGUAUUGCUACAUUGUCCUCUAGGUGAGUAUUGCUACAUUGUCCUCUGUGAGUAUUGCUACAUUGUCCUCUAGGUGAGUAUUGCUACAUUGUCCUCUAGGUGAGUAUUGCUACAUUGUCCUCUGUGAGUAUUGCUACAUUGUCCUCUAGGUGAGUAUUGCUACAUUGUCCUCUGUGAGUAUUGCUACAUUGUCCUCUAGGUGAGUAUUGCUACAUUGUCCUCUUGGUGAGUAUUGCUACAUUGUCCUCUAGGUGAGUAUUGCUACAUUGUCCUCUAGGUGAGUAUUGCUACAUUGUCCUCUGUGAGUAUUGCUACAUUGUCCUCUAGGUGAGUAUUGCUACAUUGUCCUCUGUGAGUAUUGCUACAUUGUCCUCUAGGUGAGUAUUGCUACAUUGUCCUCUUGGUGAGUAUUGCUACAUUGUCCUCUAGGUGAGUAUUGCUACAUUGUCCUCUAGGUGAGUAUUGCUACAUUGUCCUCUGUGAGUAUUGCUACAUUGUCCUCUAGGUGAGUAUUGCUACAUUGUCCUCUUGGUGAGUAUUGCUACAUUGUCCUCUAGGUGAGUAUUGCUACAUUGUCCUCUAGGUGAGUAUUGCUACAUUGUCCUCUUGGUGAGUAUUGCUACAUUGUCCUCUGUGAGUAUUACUACAUUGUCCUCUUGGUGAGUAUUGCUACAUUGUCCUCUGUGAGUAUUGCUACAUUGUCCUCUAGGUGAGUAUUGCUACAUUGUCCUCUUGGUGAGUAUUACUACAUUGUCCUCUAGGUGAGUAUUGCUACAUUGUCCUCUGUGAGUAUUGCUUGAAUCUACAGGGGUUACACUGUUGGUGUUGAUGCUCAACAUACAAGUCUUAACACAAUAUUGUCUCAUCUACAUUGUUUAUUUGUGUGCAUCCCUGCGUGUGUGCGUGCCUGUAUGUUUGUGAGUCUUGCCCAGAAUAUGCAGUGAAUGUGUGGGGAGUCUCUACCCUGGUACCCUGUAGAAAUGAUCUAGGGGUCGUUCCUGAAUUACGGUGGCAUUUUGAACACUUUUGAUUUAUUCCAAUGUAUUUGGGUACAUCUUCCCAUUCAAAACGUAUCAAUAAGGCAGCAGGUCACAACACCCACACACGGUAGAGGCUAUAUACAGUAGAGGCUAUAUACAGUAGAAAGGCUAUAUACAGUAGAGAGGCUAUAUACAGUAGAGGCUAUAUACAGGAGAGGCUAUAUACAGUAGAGAGGCUAUAUACAGUAGAGGCUAUAUACAGUAGAGAGGCUAUAUACAGUAGAGAGGCUAUAUACAGUAGAGGCUAUAUACAGUAGAGGCUAUAUACAGUAGAGAGGCUAUAUACAGUAGAGAGGCUAUAUACAGUAGAGGCUAUAUACAGUAGAGACUAUAUUCAGUAAAGAGGCUAUAUACAGUAGAGGCUAUAUACAGUAGAGGCUAUAUACAGUAGAGAGGCUAUAUACAGUAGAGAGGCUAUAUACAGUAGAGGCUAUAUACAGUAGAGGCUAUAUACAGUAGAGGCUAUAUACAGUAGAGGCUAUAUACAGUAGAGAGGCUAUAUACAGUAGAGGCUAUAUACAGUAGAGAGGCUAUAUACAGUAGAGGCUAUAUACAGUAGAGGCUAUAUACAGUAGAGGCUAUAUACAGUAGAGGCUAUAUACAGUAGAGGCUAUAUACAGUACACUGCGCCACUCGAGAGACUGUGUAUGGUUAAUAGCAUAGUCAUGUCCGACCCUGCUUGUUCCCUCAACUCCAACCACCAAUCACCUACAGAGCCCAUAACCUGUAUCACUAGGCAUCUCAGUGAGCUACAGGCAGGAAUCAGUAAUGAAUCCCAGUAAUGAGACACCUAUGGUGAACUCUUGUAGACCGAGAGCGAAUUGUGAAAUGUAUUACUCCCACCCUGAGGAGAUAUACCCCUUUAACCCUGUGAACACCGUGGAACGCGGGGGUACCAGACACACGUUCCUGUGAACACCGUGGAACGCGGGGGUACUAGACACACGUUCCUGUGAACACCGUGGAACGCGGGGGUACUAGACACACGUUCCUGUGAACACCGUGGAACGCGGGGGUACUAGACACACGUUCCUGUGAACACCGUGGAACGCGGGGGUACCAGACACACGUUCCUGUGAACACCGUGGAACCGGGGGUACCAGACACCGUUCCUGUGAACACCGUGGAACGCGGGGGUACCAGACACACGUUCCUGUGAACACCGUGGAACGCGGGGGUACCAGACACACGUUCCUGUGAACACCGUGGAACGCUGGGGUACCAGACACACGUUCCUGUGAACACCGUGGAACGCGGGGGUACCAGACACACGUUCCUGUGAACACCGUGGAACGCUGGGGUACCAGACACACGUUCCUGUGAACACCGUGGAACGCUGGGGUACCAGACAACGUUCCUGUGAACACCGUGGAACGCGGGGGUACCAGACACACCGUUCCUGUGAACACCGUGGAACGCGGGGGUACCAGACACACGUUCCUGUGAACACAGUGGACGCGUGGGGUACAGACACACGUUUCCUGUGAACCACCGUGGAACGCGGGGGUACCAGACACACGUUCCUGUGAACACCGUGGAACGCGGGGGUACCAGACACACGUUCCUGUGAACACCGUGGAACGCGGGGGUACCAGACACACGUUCCUGUGAACACCGUGGAACGCGGGGGUACCAGACACACGUUCCUGUGAACACCGUGGAACGCGGGGGUACCAGACACACGUUCCUGUGAACACCGUGGAACGCGGGGGUACCAGACACACGUUGCGCUACCAUGAGACUGUAGAGCCCGCAUGAAGCCCAGCCCCCUUAUGGGCACAGUGGGCUCUGGCAAUGGCUGACGUAGUACCCCGUUUGCUGUAACAAAACGUGGGGGCACUGUCGUCACAGCAGUGUUUUUGUGGAGCGGCGCAGUGGCUCGGGGGGCUACUUCCACAUCGGAGGAGCACGCAAGCCCCCGCUCUCUCUACUCCCUCCAACUCCAGGAAUCUAAAAUAGGAAUGGGGUAGCCACAGAGCCGGUGGGAACGCUAGUAAGCUUAAUUCACGGGAAGUUACGCAUGCUAGCCGACGUUAGCCAGGUGGCUCAUUAGUCUAAGCUAGGCUAGCUAGCAUGGUCCAUUUAGAAUAACCAAGCCACUUAACGCUACAUAUACUAAACAAGAGAGCAUCUCCCCCGUGGGGAGGCAGGAAUAGCAAGUUGUAGCUAACUCCUAACUAUAAAAAAAAUAUAUAUAUAAUGUAUUCACUAACUGUAAGUCGCUCUGGAUAAGAGCGUCUGCUAAAUGACUAAAAUGUAAAUGUAAAAUGUAACCUAGCAUUUAUAAAAAAUAAAAAAUAAAAAAAAAAAUAAAAACUCACCUCGGUGAGGCUAACCUGGCUAGCACUCUAUGCAGCGCUUUUAUUGAACCUUUAUUUUGACAGGGAUGACAUAUUGAGACCUGAGGUCUCUUUUCCAAAUGCGCGCUGCAUAAUACAACAUAAAAUACACAUUAAACACACACACACACACACACACACACACACAUACAUUAGAUUGGCCAUUGUGGAGAGGUUGGAGUCUGUUUGAUUGAGUGUGUGGACAGGUGUCUUUUAUACAGGUAACGAGUUCAAACAGGUGCAGUUAAUACAGGUAAUGAGUGGAGAACAGGAGGGCUUCUUAAAGAAAAACUAACAGGUCUGUGAGAGCCGGAAUUCUUACUGGUUGGUAGGUGAUCAAAUACUUCUGUCAUGCAAUAAAAUGCAAAUUAAUUACUUAAAAAUCAUACAAUGUGAUUUUCUGGAUUUUUGUUUUAGAUUCUGUCUCUCACAGUUGAAGUGUACCUAUGAUAAAAAUUACAGACCUCUACAUGCUUUGUAAGUAGGAAAACCUGCAAAAUCGGCAGAGUAUCAAAUACUUGUUCUCCCCACUGUAUAUAUAUAUAUAUAUAUAUAUAUAUUAUAUAUAUAUAUAUAUAUAUAUAUAUAUAUAUAUAUAUACAGUGGGGAGAACAAGUUAAAAUACAUUAAAAUACAAAAACACAGUUGUGGUAAGCACAAAUAAAACAUCACAAAUCACCCAGAAAAACUGUUAUAUUCAUCCACAAAUAAAUCCCCGAUCAAUACUUUAAAUUGCCCGAACGGCACCAGAACAUGUUAGCUAGCCUGGUCUCGAAAGUGUACGUAGAACCAGAUCACCGAGGUGGGACCCGGACCAUUCUGGGGAGACAAGCGGUGUGUAUCCCUUUCCUCAGUCAAAUGACCUAGUGGCCUCAUGGGUGGAAUGUUAUUAAUCAUUUCAUAAUUAAUAAAACAUUUUAAAAACCUGCCGAAAAUAUGGUGUUUUUAUGUCAAACAGUUUUGUUAUAUUUCAGUCUUCCAUGAUGUAUAUCAAGUGUAAUAUUGGGAUGCAAACUCAAAAUUGAAUACAUUUCAAUACAUUUCAACUCUAUAUCUGACAUGGUACAGGUGUCAGUAUGAAAAAAUGUAUGCACUAACUAACUGUAAGUCGCUCUGGAUAAGAGCGUCUGCUAAAUGACUAAAAUGUAAAAUGUGUCUUAUUUUUUUUAAAGCCCAUCACUAUGUGUGUGAGGUGUUUAAUUUUGUUCCAAACUAGAUUUGUUGAAGACUCCCAAGAAACACUUUGUGUGACCCUGAUUUAGCCCACUGCAGUAAAAGGUUAACCAACACAGACACAGGGGAAUACCCACAGAACCUGGUCGCCCUCUCUCUUCGAGUAGCCUCACGUAACCGGCGACAGAGAGCACAAGAGCCGGGAGACAUUCGACCCGACCAACGACUCAGAGGUGGUACGGGCACCGGGGAGAGGAAGUCACUAUCGGAAACACCAAGACACCUAAAGACAAGUCAAGAGAACCUGCUGGCUAACAGGGGAACAGAGCCAGCCGUCCCCUAAACUCAGACGUGAACUGAUUCGAGCGAGGGCAGCCUGAGCAUGCACCGAGCCGAGACAUACAAGACAAUCGUGUGUAUCUUUUAAUUCAUUGAGGCAUGGUCGCGAACCCGGCUUGUUAGCCUUCAUCGUUUCGGUCGCGUUAGCCAUCGUACUUAUUGCUAUAGCCUGGCCAAGCAAUUAGAAGAAUAAGGAACCACACAAACUUCAGCACACAACGUCCAGGGGUUGAGCACGCUUAAGGGACAGUUUAGUUGCUGCAACGUAAGACAGUCUCGUGUUCUAAUUGUUUGUUUUAGUGGUGUGAAAUCGUUUCUGUUCACACCGAGGUGAAGAGAGGAAGAACUGAAGGAAUGAAUCUGAGCCUCACGCUUAUCACCUGGGGAAAGCGGGGCUUCCAGCGAGGCAAGGAUUUAAUUGGCCUUGUCAGGCGUGAUUGUAGAUCCUUCAACCGAAGACGUGAGAGUGCGACUCCCCAUAGUAUGUUGUACUGAAGUUGACUGACUGAAAGGGAACUGAGGGGCACACAUUGCAUUUUAAUACCAAUGUUGUUGUUUUUUAAAUCUAUACAAUAUACUAAAUACUUUUGUUCACUGUCUAGCAUUCAAAAUAAUAUCUAGAUAUCUGUCACUAUACCUCUACACAUCACCAACCUGCUACCCCUCAGUAGUUUAUACAAUACAUAUAAAUAUAUGUUUUACACUAUAAGGACUUACAUAUGCUUUAAUAUGAAAUAACAGUUAAAUAAAACGGAACAUUUAUCAUUUGUCAUGUUUUUGUCAUUUUAAAGUGUUUUUACACUGUGCCAAAGUCAAGAGAAAGCAUUUACCACCGCAAUUCAAGACUGACCCCUCAAGAAUGACCCCUCAAGAAUGACCCUAUGGCAUAUGUGUGUGUGCAGUAUACAAUAUGAAUGAUGUGUAUCUAUGUCAUGAACAUGUAUCUGUGUGUAACAGAAUACUAUAUGUGUGUGUGUGUGUGUGUGUGUGUGUGUGUGUGUGUGUGUAUGUGUGUGUGUGUGUGUGUGUGUGUGUGUGUGUGUGUGUGUGUGUGUGUGUGUGUGCCCAGGGGAGUCCGGACUCCAGUAACUCCAUGGACAUCCACUAUUGGAUCGGUAACUCCUCCUCUCAGGACGAGCAGGGAGCAGCGGCCAUCUUGGUGACUCAACUGGAUGAGUUCCUGGGGGGCAGUCCUGUCCAGCACAGGGAGGUACAGGCCGCAGAGUCCUCCAAGUUUAGGAGCUACUUCAGGAACGGACUCAUGUGA